CUUCGUUGAUUCUUUCUUUUGACAAAAAAAAAAUCCAAAAAUGUUUCUGUUACUUAUAUCAUGUUUCUCAGUCAUUGUCUUCAAGCACCCAUCAAAGGAUCCUUCACUGUAAAUUGAGAUUGUUUCCGCCAUUGUUCCACAAGGGAAAGCUCGGAUUCAUCAGUUUCCUUCAGAUCGCCCCAUUGAAGAAGAUGAAGUCGAAGUUCGGGUCGUUUGAGAAUCAAAAGGAAGACGACAAUACGACGUCGUUGCUGGACUUGCCGGAGCUGACACUCGAAUGCAUCCUGGACCGCCUUUCGCCGGCCGGCCUAUGCGCCAUGGCCGGAGUUUGCUCCUCGUUAAGGGACCGUUGUACGAGCGACCAUCUUUGGGAGAAACAUAUGAAGCGAAAAUGGGGUAGAGUGAUUGGGGAUUCAGCUUACAGGGAAUGGCAAUGGCAUAUUGCUUCGAAAAUGAGACCCAGAAAUCUCUUGGAUCGAAGUAACCAAAAGGGUUUAAUCGAUUCGAUUUCGAGAAUCUGCCCUUUUCUCUCUAAACCCAGAGCUGAAAAUGGUGAGAUUCAGCUCAAGAAGAGUGAUUUGCCGGUUAAUUCGAUCAUGGCUUGGUAUCUGUCUCUUGAAACCGGCGAAUUCUGGUUCCCAGCACAAGUUUAUAACCGAGAGAAUGGACAUGCUGGGUUUAUGUUAUCUUGUUAUGAUGCCAACCUUAGCUAUGAUUCCAAGACCGAUACCUUUCAGGCAAGGUACUCGCCUCACGGACGGCAGACGGCGGAGGAGAACAUAUCGUGGGAUAGGCUGAGGGCGCCGCCCGUCGAUACUUGUUCAUAUGAUCUUCACAUUUCUGAUUCGUUAGUUGAUCUAAGACCUGGUGAUCAUAUUGAGAUUCAAUGGAGAAAGACCAAAGAAUUCCCCUAUGGGUGGUGGUAUGGUGUUGUUGGUCACAUGGAUUCGUGUGAUGGAAAUGAGAACCAUUGCCGUUGUCAAUAUACAGAUACGGUGACGCUAGAGUUCAAGCAGUACCCGGCAAGCUCGAGAUGGCGGAAAACGGCGAUAAAUAGGAAAGAUCAUAGAGAAGUAGGCAAUGAAGUUGAUGGAUUUUAUGGUGGAAUUAGAAAGCUUUACAAAGAAGAGAUCUCUAAGUGGAAACGUCUUUGGCCUAAACAAGCCUUGGAAUAGAAAACAUUUGUGUCAUUGCCGCCAUUUUUCGUUUUUUCGGUCCGAGACCCCGGUGUCCGGUAGUCGCAAAGACCCCGACUAAGUUCGGAGUUGAGUCGAGUUCGGAUUCCGACUUAGGGAAAACUCUUUUGGGACAACUUGUUUAGGGUAUUGAACUCGUUAUCUCUCGAUCCAGCUAGAGUUGGUCAUUGCCAAUAUAUAAAUUAUAAAAAGCAAUUUUCCAGGCCAAAA